AUGGAAUCACGGAAUCUAACAACUGUUUCAGAAUUCAUCCUCCUGGGGCUUUCAGAUGAUCCGAAACUGCAGCCCAUCGUCUUUGGGCUAUUCCUGUACAUUUACCUGGUCACAGUGCUCGGGAAUCUGCUCAUCAUCCUGGCCAUCAGCUCUGACUCUCACCUCCACACACCCAUGUACUUCUUCCUCUGCAACCUGUCCUUGGCUGACAUGGGUUUCAGCACCACUACAAUCCCCAAGAUACUGGUGAACAUCCAGGCACACAGCAAAUCCAUCUCCUAUGCAGGCUGCCUCACUCAAGUGUCCUUUUUUUAUUUUCUUGGAUGUUUGGACAAUCUAAUUCUUGCUAUUAUGGCCUAUGACCGGUUGGUGGCCAUUUGUCACCCAUUACAAUAUCUGAUCAUCAUGAACCUGCGCCUCUGUGGCUUGUUGGUCCUGGUGUCUUUUCUCCUCAGUCUUUUAAACUCCCAGAUGCACUGCUUGAUAGUGUCACAAGUUACCUUCUGCUCAGAUGUGGAAAUUCCUCAUUUCUUCUGUGACCCUCUUCAACUCCUCCACCUUUCCUGUUCUGACACCUCCACUGAUUACAUAUUAAUGUAUUUUUUGGCCGCCAUCUUUGGUGGUGUUCCAGUCUCAGGGCUCCUUUAUUCUUAUGCUAGAAUUGUUUCCUCCAUCCUGAGAGUCUCAUCAGCAGGUGGGAAAUAUAAAGCCUUCUCCACCUGUGGCUCUCACCUGUCAGUUGUUUGCUUAUUUUAUGGAACUGUCCUUGGCAUAUACCUCAGUUCAGUUAUUCAUUCUCCCAUGAAGAGUGUGGUGGCCUCAGUGUUGUACACGAUGGUCACUCCCAUGCUGAACCCCUUUAUCUAUAGUCUGAGGAACAGGGACAUCAAACGGGCCCUGUGGAGGAUUAUUAACAGAACAGUCUAA